AUGUCGCUUUAUAUUUUUACUCAAAACACGCGCCCGACUUCAAGACCUCCCUUCAUUCUCUUCCCUUUCUCUCUGGAAACCCUAAUCACUAGACCAUCUCUACUCGCAUUCAUUCUUGACGAUCACCAAUCGCUGCUUCUCGGCUCUUCUCCACCGCCUUAUCUCCCUUCUCUGAUACUAUCUCUUUGUUUCUCUUUCUUUCUGGAUGGUUCUACUGCUCCAGCUUCUCUAUGGUACCAUUCAUCAGCUUCCUUAAGUCCACCAAGAUCACGAAUCAAAAGCAACGAUGGAGGCAGAGUGAAAGCAACAAAUAGAGACCUUCUUUUACACCCUCGAAUCAAGUUUAAACUAGCCAAAAAAGAUGGAGGGCGAAUAGAUCGUAAUCGUGAUGCUCAAAACACGUGGGAUUUCUAUCAGCAUUACAAACGAGUACAUAGAGUUGAUGAAAUCCAGAUAGACGAACAAAGAAUGCUUGAAUCUGGAACUUUCAGUUAUGAUAUGGGAGGCCUCAUUAGAACUGCUUAUAUGAAUUUCAGUUUGGGACUGAGAUCUCAAGAAACUAAAAAGGUAUUUACCACAUUAAGAGCUCUUGUUGAGGUAAUGGAAAUCGUUAGCAAAGAUGUUGCACAUGCUGGAGUUGGCAAAUAUAUUAUAGAAGAGGCAUCACCAAUAUUCAUAGCUGAUUAUCAGAUUGACAUUAGUGUCAAGAGUUUCAAUGUGAUAGAUACACAUAGUUGUAUACAAGCCAUUAACAAGGACAGGAAGCUUUUCUUGGUUUCAUUAUACUAUUUAAUCUGGGGUGAAGCUGCAAAUGUCGGUUUUCUUCCAGAAUGCAUUUGCUAUAGAUUCCACCAUAUGGACAGGGAAUUCAACGCCAUUUUGGAUCAUGGACAAGCUAGCCCUGCACAGAGUUUUAUUUGUGAAGAUAAUUCAGUUUCCUUAUUGGCAAAUGUCAUUCAACCAAUUUACAACACACUCUCUAAGGAAGCAGAACGAAACAAUAAUGGGAAGCUUGCCCAUUCAACAUGGCGGAAUUAUGAUGAUUUCAAUGAAUAUUUCUGGUCACCUACUUUCAUCUUUGUAGUAUAUGAUAUGAAUUAUCUGGAAAUUGCAAGAUAUGCUUUUCUUUUUGUCUUGUGUGGAAUCUUUAUGGCUGAGUCGGUCUCAGAUGGUGAAGGAAAUCCAAUGCAGAAGCCAAACAAAAGGAAUAAUAUGAAAUCAGAUAGCAGGCAGAAGGAGAAGGAGGAUGAUGGCCAACAGCUUGGAAGAAGCCAUAAAUAUUUCACAACAUCUGGUGUAGCUGCUAGAACGUUUCAAAUUGACAAUGAAGUAGGGCAGCUAUACAAAGAGCUUUUGGUUGCUCAGGAGGAAGCCCAUUUGGCUCAUCAACAACUUACCUCUUCAAUGGUAAAGUUGGUGGAAGAAAGGAAGAUGAAGCCACUUGAUUCAAAUCUUGCAGCAUUAUCAGCAAGAUGCAGUAAAGACUUGGAGCUGAAUUUGGCUAAGCUCAUUCUUGAGUGA